AUGGGCAAGCGCAAGGAUGAUGUCAGGCCCGCGGCCAAGGCGAAGGGCAGCGCCAGCAAGAAGAAGGAGGAUGCAGGCCCUUCGGACGGCAGGCUCACCGCCGCCCAGCUCGGGUUCCAGAUCAGGGGGGGGACGGGGCCGACCGCCCCCAGCAAGACUGGCAAGUCCAUGGACAUUGAGGUCGCAGACAUCGUGAUCUUCGCCGGCAAGCAGGAGCUCUUCUACAACGCGAUCUUGAAGCUGAACUCCGGCGUCAAGUACGGCCUCAUUGGCCGCAACGGCGUGGGCAAGAGCACCCUGCUGCGCGCGAUCUCCGAGCGAGACGGGCGGGUUCCGAUACCCGACCACAUCCUCAUCAUGCACGUGGAGAGAUCAGGGGUGACGACACGAGCGUGCUGGAUAGCGUUCUCAAGGCCGACAAGGAGCGCGAGUGGCUGCUGA